AUGUCCCCCCACAGGCCGAGUGCCCUGGCAGGGCUGGCCAGGGCCACCCUGGACUCCCUGCGGCUCUACCUGGACAGCUGUGCUCCGGGUCAGCGCUCUCCCAUGGGCAGCUGGCCGGUCCUCAGUAUUUGGCGGGAGCAGGCCAGGGCCACCCUGGACUCCCUGCGGCUCUACCUGGACAGCUGUGCUCCGGCUGGCAAAACUCAAGGCUCGGAAGCUGCUGGGCCCCCAAGAAAGGAAAGGAAGAAAACACAAAAGAAAUUACGGGAGCAGGAAGAGAAGGCUGUGGAGCAGAAGGCCAAGUUGCUGGGAGAGAAUUCAGCAGCUUCUGGGGCCAAGAAGCCAUCUAAGGCUAAGAAGCCAGCAGCGGCCAAAGAGGAGGAGGCGUCCAGCUCCAUGGAAGUCCCUGCAGAUGGCCUGGCCCCAGGGCCUGACUCUUUCUUUGCCCUGGAUGUUCUGCGACAGCGACUACAUGAGAAGAUACAAGAGGCCAGGGGCCAGGGCAGCACCACGGAGCUGUCCCCUGCCACUUUGGAGAAAAGGAGACGGAGAAAGCAGGAGCGGGACCGGAAGAAGAGGAAGCAGCAGGAGCUGCGUCGGAAGGAGAAGGCGGCAAAGGCCGAGGAGGCCGCGGAGGCCACCGCAGAGACCGGCGCGCCACCCCGGGAGGUGGCCUGCAGAGAGCCACCGCAGCCGCAGCCGCAGGGGCUGAUCUUCAAUAAAGUGGAGGUGGGCGAAGAGAGCCCGGCCGGCAGGGCCCAGCGCAGGAGGCAGAGGCGGCGCCAGGUGAAGGGCCACCAGCCGCCGCUGACCGGGAGGAACUACCGGCAGCUGCUGGAGCGCCUGGAGGCCCGGCGCCGCCGGCUGGAGGAGCUGCGGGCCCGGGACGCGGGGGACCGCGGGGGGCGCCCCCGGCGCGGGCGGAGGGAGGCCCGGGCGCAGCGGCGCCUGCAGAGGGCCCGCAGGAAGGGCCGCGUCCUGCCCCAGGACCUGGAGCGCGCCGGCCUCGGCCACUGA